GUUUCUAAGAGUUCAAACUAGAAGAGACAGUGAGGAAAACUUGUUUUCAAGACUUGUCUUUUCCUUUGGAAGGUGAUAUAUUCGACUUUAACUCUGCUGCUAAAGAUUCACUCAGUCCACGGCACAAUAACUUUUUUAUUUAUGUAGGCAUCAGCACUGGAUUGAUAUCUAUUCCAGUUUUCUCGUUUGUUUCUGUGAUAUUUCGUUUACCAGCUUCAGGCUCUUGGAACUUUGAAAAACAGGAUUUUUCAUUCGGUCCUUUAAUAUUUUCUCGUUUUUUUUCAGGACCAGACGGGAAUAUAAUGUCUUUUUUGCGCGUUAUACUGGGUUUCAUUGCAGCUCUGUGCGUUAACGCGGCGCAGAGCGCGUGGGAGGAAAGCACAGUGGUGCCGGUCCGGAUCGACCCUUACGAAAUCGAACCGACCCAUACAGAAGAGGCACGGCAAAAGGACUCGGAGAAGCGCUUCUAUCAGCUGGACGUCUUUGGAGAUCGUAUGGUGCUUGUGUUGGAACCGGACCAAACCUUUUUAGCACCUGGGUUUGUGUUUCAAAUGGUUGGUAAACCGGAGUCCGAGGAGUCUGACAGCGCGGGAGAGGCGCGAUGCUUUUUCUCAGGAACCGUGGAGGGUGACAAACCUUCUGCCGCUGCGAUUAACGUGUGCGAUGGACUGCGCGGCGGCUUUUAUGUCGGUACUGAAGAGUACUUCAUUCAGCCCAAAAACACCAGCGGAAAGGUGCAGUCCACAGACGGAGACGUCCAUGUCAUUCGCCGAAGAAAACGGGGAAUAUUGGCAGAGGAGAACAGUUCAAAGUGUGGCGUGAACGAGGAAGAGGAGCGCGUCCCCGAGAAACCAGAUGCGAUCAAAUCAAAAGCAGAGCCCAUUCCAGCUGGUUCUAAAGAGCACCACAGAGCCCGUCGUUUUGUGUCCACUCCUCGCUAUUUGGAGAUCAUGAUUGUGGCGGACCAGUCAAUGGCAGAGUUUCAUGGUGCUGGACUCAAACCUUAUUUGCUAACCAUCAUGGCGGUGGCAUCUCGACUGUAUCGUCAUCCUACAAUUCAUAAUUCCAUCACUUUGGCUGUCGUGAAGCUACUGGUUGUGUACGAAGAAGAGCACGGCCCACAGGUGUCUUCCAAUGCCGCGCUUACGCUCAGGAACUUUUGCCAGUGGCAAAAACAGCACAAUCCUUCAAGUGACCGCCAUCCAGAGCAUUAUGACACAGCAGUGCUGUUUACCAGACAGGACAUCUGUGGCGCUCACUCUUGUGACACUUUGGGUAUGGCCGAUGUAGGCACUGCCUGCGAUCCUGAUCGAAGCUGCUCCAUUAUUGAAGAUGACGGCCUGCAGGCAGCCUUCACAGUAGCGCAUGAGCUUGGUCAUGUGUUUAACAUGCCCCACGAUGAUGCCAAACAAUGUGCUAGUGUUAAUGGUGACCACUGGAGUUCCCACAUGAUGGCCUCUACCUUGUCAAAUCUGAACCAGCUUCAGCCCUGGUCUCCUUGCAGUGCUCUGAUGAUCACGUCUUUCCUGGACAAUGGCCACGGUCAGUGUUUACUGGACAAGCCCCAGAGACCGCAGCAGUUACCCCAAUCUCUGCCAGGUACCGUUUACAAUGCUGACAGACAGUGCCGUCUCACGUUUGGAGAGGAGUCACACCAUUGUCUUGACUCGAGCACCACCUGCGCUGUUCUUUGGUGCACCGUCACAACUACAAACGGUUUGGUGGUCUGCCAGACCAAGAACUUUCCGUGGGCCGACGGAACGCCUUGUGGGUCUGACAGCUACUGUAUGGCAGGCCAAUGUCUGAGCAAGAGCGAGGCAGCCAAGUUUCAGACUCCAGUCAAUGGCGGAUGGGGAUCUUGGGGUCCUUGGGGAGACUGCUCACGUAGCUGUGGGGGAGGUGUGCAGUACUCUUUCAGGGACUGUGACAAUCCCCUACCCAAAAACGGAGGCAAAUUCUGUGAGGGAAAAAGAAUUCAGUACCGCUCCUGCAAUACUGAGGCCUGCCCUGACAGCAAUGGUUUGACAUUCCGUGAGGAACAGUGUUUGGCCCACAAUGACAUCUCCUCUCAAGUGUCAUUUGGCUCCGGGGAAGGUGUCGAGUGGGUGCCGAAGUAUGCGGGAGUGUCUCCCAAGGACCGCUGCAAGUUGGUGUGCCGAGCAAAGGGAACAGGCUAUUUCUUUGUUCUAAAACCAAAGGUGGCUGAUGGAACACCCUGUACCCCAGACUCCACCUCGGUUUGCGUCCAGGGCCAGUGUGUGAAAGCUGGUUGUGACCACAUCAUUGGUUCCAACAAACGUUUCGACAAGUGUGGUGUCUGUGGAGGAGAUGGUUCUACUUGCAAGAAAGUGUCUGGAUCAAUGGAACGUGCAAGGGCGGGCUAUCAGGAUGUGGUGACAAUUCCUGCUGGAGCCACACACCUAGAUGUCAAGCAGAAAUCUCUGGGAGGCCGUCGGCAGGAUAACAGCUACUUGGCAGUUCGUAGACGAGAUGGUACAUAUCUGCUGAAUGGCGACUACAAGCUCACCACUUUAGAGACCGACAUUCCUUUGAGAGGUGCACUGCUACGUUACAGUGGGUCCUCCGCCAACCUAGAGCGCCUGCGAAGCUUUGCCCCUUUACCUGAGUCCCUUACCAUUCAAGUGCUAUCGGUUGGUGACUCCCCCCGACCUCGAGUGAAAUACAGCUACUUUGCCCCCCGUCCAGUCUCAAACCCCAACCGACUGUCUAUUAACGCCAUCAGCGAAGCAGGAGGUGCCGAAUGGACCCUGCGUGAGUGGGGACCCUGCUCGAAGACCUGCGGAGGUGGGGUCCAGAAGCGUGUCGUCAUCUGUCUCAACGCUUAUGGUCGUCAGUCGAAAGAAUGUCCGGAAGAACUGCGCCCUGCGUCGUCACAAUCCUGCGGGGUGCAGGCUUGUCAAUCUUGGCUGCUGGGCGAGUGGUCUGCUUGUUCAAAAACAUGUGGCAGAGGCUUCCGCAAGCGUCUACUGCGCUGCGUAGGACACGAUGGUCACAUGUUGCCUCAUGAAAGCUGCAGUUCAAUAGACCGGCCACGACCUCUCCUGGACUUGUGCAACCAGACGCCCUGUUGAAACUAACAACCGAGACUUGAAACGACUUUAAUGGCUGUAAUCCUGCGAGUUGCAUCUGGUGCCUUUGGGAUUCGAAUGACCCUUAUGACAGAGACUGCAAUCAAACUUCAUUUAGUGUUUUUAUUCCAGGCCAUCCAACACUGGGUAAAGGACACAAAGCUGGCACAGUGUGUUCCUGUUAUGACAGCUGUGAUGGAGGAUAAGAAUACGGACACUUCUGCUGCUUUGGAUGCUAAUGUCAUGCAUUUUAGAUUUUGAGUGUGUAUGAUGAAUGAUUCAGGAAUGUAUGCUAUAGCGCUUGUCCGAGCUGGACUGGACAAGCAGGUUUAAUGUGUUGCAAGCAAAUAUAUAGGAUGGAACGAGAGCUUAUUACAGAUGAAACUAUUAUAUUACUACCAGGGUCUAGAUCAGUACUUGGAAUUCGUUAGUUAGGGCAUUAAAAGCGCCCUCUAGUGGAUCUCUUUGAAUUAUUUAAAACUCUGGCUCAGAGCACAUAUUUAACACACACGUGUUUUCAUGCCAAAAUUCUUGCCAUAUUUCACCUCAGCUAGGCACACGUGCUGCUAAUCGAACACAACAACAGGUAUUAUGCAUUUUCAUGUAAGACUCACAAUGCACAUUAGCUUUAAGUUUCGCUUCAUAGGUAUAUGCAAAGCCAUAUCAAGAGCUAUCAUAGUUUAAGGAGGAGGGAGAGCAUGGGUUAUAUAUCUGAAAGAGAGGGUGUGUUUGUGUUUUGUGUGAUUGUGUAGAGAUAUGGUGAGGGACUUUUCUCCUACUUCUACUUCAUAAGUAAUCCUCUCCUGCCUUCUGAGAAGGUGUCUUUUUAAUGCGGUAUUUUUUUGUACAGAAUAUCCAAACGUUAUUUAUUUUUGUACAGCUCAUUUAAUAUAAUCUUGUUGCUUUUAUAUAAGAAUUGUAUUUCUAUUUGUUGUUAUUAUUGAAAUAACUGAAGGAUGUAGAUUAUAUUAGAGUAUUUAUACAGUAUCUAUGAUCUUAGGUUUAUGAAUAAAGUAUCACAUUGAUUUGUGAUCCAAAUUUGCUGUC